GGGACAUCCCAACACGGAGUGAGUCUGUCGAACUUUUCUGAAUGUUUAUCAAUUUUUUGGGGUGUGGAAAAAAAUUGUGAAUUGUGGCGAAUUUUUAGCUAAUUUCCCGGGAUAUCUGAAGCACACAAAGCAAUGGCUAAGAAUACCUCCAGCUCUGCAUUCCGCAAAAUUGACGUAGAUCAAUACAAUGAGGACAAUUUCCGGGAGGAUGAUCCGGACUUUGGCGGUCUGGGAGGUCCAGAUGAGGGUGAGAUCACCGGGCUCAUGAACAACGGAAAGCACUUUGAGGCUCUCAAGUCUGUGCUGCAGAAUGCCCCUCUGGGGUCAAAGAAUCAGCAAGUUAAGGACAAUGCUCUGAACUUAACCCUGAGAGUCUUGCUGUCCAUAAAAUCCUCCCAAAUGGAUGGAGCAAUUGAUUUCCUCGAAGAUCCCGAACUCUUCGAUGUGCUCAUGAAGUACGUCUAUCGGGGAUUUGAAAUUCCCUCCGAGGGCUCCAGUGGGCACCUUCUGCAGUGGCAUGAGCGUGUGUUCAAUCGUGCUGGUGUUGGGAGUAUCGUUCGAGUCCUCUCAGACACAAAUCGCGCCUAGGAUCCCUUACCCAAAUGAGUAUUUUCCAUUUUUUUGUUACACAGUGUAAGAUUUUAUCUAAACUACAAUAUAAAGUGAAGAGUGUGGAGGCUGGAGGAAGUCUCACCUGGA